GGACCGUACCCGGAACCACCAACAUGUUGGGCCAAGCUUCCUGGGCUAGUCCUUGCUCGUAAGCUCUACGCAUACGGGCCUCAGUCUGACUACUUCGAGCGCAGCGACUGUAUUGGGUGGAAGCGGCGUGGUGACUCCGAAAACCCAGAUGGAUGUGCUGUAAUCAUGUCGUGGACCCAAGGGACAGACCUUGAGCAUUGCGCGCCUUAUCUUAGGAUGAACGUGGGAAGCCAGCACGCUGGUGAAAUCUGGACGGAAGUCCUCGGCUUUGAGUGGAGUGCAGUCACCGUCGAUGAUGAUGGUAGCGGAAGAUUCCCUUGCCAGAGAAACAGUAUGGCGUGUUUCGUCAGUGAGACCGCGAGUUGA